AUGGAGAAGAAGAUGGAGAGAUGCAAGCUGUUUCUGCUGCUCAUCGCGGUGGUCGCGGCAGCCCCCACAACCCGCACCCCCGUCAGCUACGAGCAGGUGGUUGCAGCGGCCGUGGACACCUACAACCAGGAGCAAAACCCAGAAUUUGCCUACCGACUGCUGGAAGCAGAGCCGCAGCCUGAUUGGGUAGGUAGUUCUUCGGCUCCCCUCCAUUAUCUAUUCUAUCAGGCAGCAACGAUUCCUUCUACAGUGAUACCUCGGGUUACAGACGCUUCAGGUUACAGACGCUUCAGGUUACAGACUCCACUGACCCAGAAAUAGUGCUUCAGGUUAAGAACUUUGCUUCAGGAUGAGAAACGAAAUCGUGCUCCGGCGGCGCGGCAGCAGAAUGAGGCCCCAUUAGCUAAAGUGGUGCUUCAGGUUAAGAACAGUUUCAGGUUAAGUACGGACCUCCGGAAUGAAUUUGUAGCAAAGAUCUUGCACCUGAGUUUGCUUCUUUCCUCCUCCCUCCCAAUCCAUUCCCCCUUUUGUGUCGUGUCUUUUUCAAUAUUGUAAAAACUGAAGACCGGGACUGUCUUUUCCAGUAUCUGUCAACUGCUCUUGGAGCCUGGCUGAAGAGGGAAAUUAAAAACUCUUUAAAUGUAUUUUUCCUCCUAUCCGUUUUGCUCAAUGUCUCCACAGGAUGCUUCUGGUGAAACUACCCAGCCUAUAAAAUUCUCUAUCAAGGAGACGGUUUGCCCCACAUCAGAGAAGAAAAAUGUCUCCCAGUGCGAAUACAAAGAGGAUGGGGUAAGUCUGGGUGCCCCACCACGCAAGAUAUUGCCAACUUUUCACUGCCUUUAACGGCAGCUGGGUCUGCAAAUAAAUUAGCAAGGUGGCAGAGUUCCUCCACAUAAGCUUUCUUUUCCCAAGCCCUGCGCCCCCCACCCCAUUUAAGCCUUGGAAUCCAGGUGACAUUAUUAGUCAGUGUGGCAUAAUAUUAAUAAUAUUAAUAAUAAUAAUUUAUACCCCGCCCAUCUGGCUGAGCCUCCCUAGCCACUCUGGGCGGCUUCCAACCAAAUAUUAAAAUACAGUAAUGCAUUAAACAUUAAAAGCUUCCCUAAACAUAGUCUUCUUCUUUGGCGAUCCCUCGUAGCCGAGUAAGAUUGUCUUCCAUAAACACGGUUUUAACAAUGAGUCCGUAAGUGACUGUGGAGGCCAAUUCUGGAUCCACACGUCCUUCCACAGUCGGGACAUAGGUUUCUGGGCAGGAGUUGAUCACGUUGUGGAUUUGCCAAGCGUGCCUUCCUCUUAGCAUGUUUCUCCCUUGCGUCCUGAGUUCGAGUAUCUUCAAAGCUAAUUAUUAUUAUUUAUUAUUUAUUAUUUAUUUAUACUCCGCCCAUCUGGCUGGGUUUCCCCAGACGCUCUGGGUGGCUUCCAGCAAAAUAUUAAAAUACAAUAAUUCAUCAAAUAUGAAAAGCUUCCCUAAACAGGCCUGCCUUCAGAUGUCUUCUAAAAGUCAGAUAGUUGUUUAUUUCCUUGACAUCUGACAGGAGGGCAUUCCACAGGGUGGGCGCCACCACCAAGAAGGUCCUCUGCCUGGUUCCCUGUAACCUCACUUCUCGCAGGGAGGGAACCGCCAGAAGGCCCUCUGGACCUCUGUGUCCGGGCAGAACGAUGGGGGUGGAGACGCUCCUUCAGGUCUACUGGGCCGAGGCCGUUUAGGGCUUUAAAGGUCAGCACCAACACUUUGAAUUGUGCUCAGAAACGUACUGGGAGCCAAUGUAGGUCUUUCAAGACCGGUGUUAUAUGGUCUCGGCGGCCGCUCCCAGUCACCAGUCUGGCUGCCGCAUUCUGGAUUAGUUGUAGUUUCCGGGUCACCUUCAAAGGUAGCCCCACGUAGAGUACAUUCCCAUGACACCUUUGGGAAAGGCUGUUCUCCAACUGGAGCGCUCGCAGGCCAGUGUUUCCCAGUUGUCAGUGUUUAUACUACAUUUUUUUAGAUUUGCCUUGAGACAGUCUUUAAACCUCUUUUGCUGACCACCAGCAUUACGCUUUCCAUUUUUAAGUUUGGAAUAGAGUAGUUGCUUUGGAAGACAAAUCUCAAUAGUGUGGCAUAGUGGUUAGAGCAUGAGACUAGGAUCUGGGAGACCCGCCUUCAAAUCCCCCUCUCUGUCAUGAAGCUUAUUUGGUGACCUUGGGCCAGUCUCUCACACUCAGCCUAUCCUACCUCACAGGGUCGUUGUGGGAAUUAAAGGAGAGGGAGAACCACCUGCGCAACUUUGAGCUCCUGGGUUAAAAAGAUGGGAUAUAAACAAACAAAAUGAUUUAAUUUCUGCCCAUGUGUAAAACUUUUUUUGGGUGGCACGGAGCCACGGCGAGACUCCUUACAGGGUCCUCGCCGUGGGAUCACAUUCACCCGGUGCUAUACCAGCUGCACCGGCUCCCGGUGGAGUACAGGGUCAGGCUCAAGGUGCUGGUUUUAACCUUUCAAGCCCUAUACAGCCUAGGACCCUCGUACCUACAGGACCGCUUCUCCUGGUAUGUCCCACGGAGGACCUUACGGUCUUCAAAUAAAAACAUCUUGGAGGUCCCGGGCCACAGGGAGGUUAGGCUGGCCUCAACCAGAGCCAGGGCCUUUUCGGCCGUGGCCCCGAUCUGGUGGAACGCUCUGUCCCAAGAGACUAGGGCCCUGCGGGACUUGACAUCUUUCCGCAAGACAGAGCUGUUCCACCAAGCCUUUGGCCAAGGCACAGUCUGACCCUCUCUCUCCUUCUGCAAUCCUCACAGAACUCUAGCCCAAUGGUUGCCAUUAAUUUGGUUCUGAAUUGAUUUUAGAAUGAAUUGACUUUAGAACGUAUUUCAAUUAAUUGAUUGUGAUUUUAUGUGUUACUUUUACUGUUGUUAGCCACUCUGAGCUCAGCUUUGGCUGGGGAGGGUGGGAUAUAAAUAAAAUAUUAUUAUUAUUAUUAUUAUUAUUAUUAUUAUUAUUAUUAUCCAGUCCAGCCCCCUGCAAUGCAGGAAUUUUUCACCCCAUGUGGGAAUCGAACCCGAAACCUUGAGAUCACGGGUCUCAUACCCCAACCGACCGAGCUGUUCUGUAGGUUUUAAAGUAUUGCUGCAAUUUUUUAUUCUAUUGUUUUUUCUUUUGGUAAACCUCUGAGGUUUACCCCCUUUUGUUUAGCACUCAAGCGGUGUAUACAUUUUAUAAAAUAAAUAAACCGAAUCAAUCAAUGAAUGCCUAGAGUGGAUGUGGCCCACAUCUCUUCUUCUGUGGGCCUUUGACGUAGGACUUUUCUAUAGCGCUGAUGACUUACUCCUUUCCUCUUUCCUCAAACAGCUGGACAAAGACUGCUCUGGCUUCUAUUCGACCCAGCAAAGUCCGCCUUUAAUUAUCGUGCAAUGUGAGGACGUGGAUCAAGAGGUAAGAGAGACCGGGCGCUGGCAAAAUUUGGGACGGGGUGGGGGUGGGGGUACAAUGUGCGGAGACCCCGUCUGAAGCCCUGGAGAGCAGCUGCCAGUCAGAGCCAAUAACUGCUAAUGUCCUGACUCAGUAGGCAGCUUCCGAUCUGCACAGUGUUCCCGGUAUUUUUCAUCCCCAGAUUCUGGGAUGAAAAAUGCUUUUGAGCAUGUGCAGAGUGUGAUAGGAAGUAGAUGGUCGGGUUUUCUAUUUUUUGGAAAUAAAAUUUGUAAAUGGAAUUGUUUUAUAUGUAAUAAUAAUAAUAAUAAUAAUAAUAAUAAUAAUUAUAAUAAUUUAAAAGGUUAGGUUGCUUUAUCAUAUAUGUACAAAGUAGGAAAAUAGCAAUAAUCACCCACAUUUCUCUCUCUCUCUCUUUCUCUGUUUCUCGGGCUCAAUGUUACUGUACUCACACGACUGUGACUAAAUUUAAGAAGUGCUUUAAGACGAAUGCUAGCGGCUUUUAAAACUUGGUUUUAAAAGGAUGGGCUCAGGUGAAUUUUCUUCCCAUGCCCAAAAAUGUCUCCCGUUCUGAAAUGUGAAAAGCAAAUUGCAAUUCUGCGUGUAGCUCUCAGUAGAGAAGCAAUGACUGGAUAAUGCAGACAGGGGAAACUUUGGGGCGGCUGAACUAUAACUCCCAUCAACCCUGGCCACUGACCCUACAUGCUGAGGCUGGUGGGAGUUGUAGUUCCACAACAAAUGGAAGGCCAAAGGUUCAUCGCCCCUGGGGUAGUACUCAGAGUUUGAAAGCAUCCUAAGAGCUCAGUACAGUGGUACCUUGGUACUCAAACACCUUGGUUCCCAAACACCAAAAACCUGAAAGUAAGUGUUCCGGUUUUCGAACGUUUUUCGGAAGCCGAACGUCCGACACGGCUGUCGGCUAUUGUUUCCAGGGUGCCUGCAGCAAUCGGAAGCUGCAUCUUGGUUUUCAAAAUUUUUGGAAGUCUUGUUGUUGUUUAGUCGUUUAGUCAUGUCUGACUCUUCGUGACGCACGCCAGGCACUCCUGUCUUCCACUGCCUCCCGCAGUUGGGUCAAACUCAUGCUGGUAGCUUCGAGAACAGUGUCCAACCAUCUUGUCCUCUGUUGUCCCCUUCUCUUUGUGCCCUCCAUCUUUCACAACAUCAGGGUCUUUUCCGGGGAGUCUUCUUUUCUCAUGACGUGGCCAAGGUAUUGGAGUCUCAGCUUCACGAUCUGUCCUUCCAGUGAGCACUCAGGGCUGAUUUCCUUCAGAAUGGAGAGGUUUGAUCUUCUUGCAGUCCAUGGGACUCUCAAGAGUCUCCUCCAGCACCAGAAUUCAAAAUCAUCCAUUCUUCGGCGAUCAGCCUUCUUUAUGAUCCAGCUCUCACUUCCAUACAUCACUACUGGGAAAACCAUAGCUUGAACUAUACAGAUCUUUGUCGGCAAGGUGAUGCCUCUGCUUUUUAAGAUGCUGUCUAGGUUUGCCAUCGCCUUUCUCCCAAGAAGCAGGUGUCUUUUAAUUUCGUGACUGCUGUCAUCAUCUGCAGUGAUCAUGGAGCCCAAGAAAGUAAAAUCUCUCACUGCCUCCAUUUCUUCCCCUUCUGUUUGCCAGGAGGUGAUGGGACAAGUGGCCAUGAUCUUACUAUCGUUAAAUAGUAAAAGUCAUGUUAAAUUGCUGUUUUAGGGGUGGUUUCUAAAAGUCUGGAACGGAUUAAUCCGUUUUGCAUUACUUUCUAUGGGAAAGUGCGCCUUGGUUUUGGAACGCUUUGGUUUUGGAACGGAUUAAGUUUGAGGACCAAGGUGCCACUGUAUCAGCUCUGUGGAGUAAUAAAUGAGUAUUGUAAAUGCACACAGUGUUUGUACUCACUACUUUAUCUCUCUUAUCUCUUAGCUGAGCCGUAUAACAAGGGGACGCUGGAGAAGGUUCUGGAGGGGAGCCAAAAGAUUUGUGAAGAGACAUGGCGUGAGGAUUGCCUUAGCAGCGCUUCGGUUUGGAUAG